AAGGAAAGACAUCAGUUACAGACAGUUUUCCUACUAGCGAGGAUCACAAAUAUAAGCUUCUAACUUUUCCAUAAAAAAGCAACAAAAAACAGAAUAACGCAAAAUGUCUCUUGAACGUGCUAUUCGUGCAAAGAUUGCUGGCAAACGCAAUCCCGAAAUGGACAAAGAAGCUCAGGAAUGGGUUGAGGCUAUUCUUGGUUCCAAAUUCCCCGCCGGUGUUGAUUAUGAGGAUCAUCUCAAGGACGGUCAGGUCUUGUGCCAACUGAUCAACAAGCUUUCACCCAACGCCGUGCCAAAGAUCAACACCUCCGGUGGUCAAUUCAAAAUGAUGGAGAACAUCAAUAACUUCCAGAAGGCAUUGAAGGAAUACGGUGUACCCGAUUUGGAUGUCUUCCAAACUGUUGAUCUGUGGGAGAAGAAGGAUAUCGCUCAAGUGACCAACACCAUCUUCGCCCUCGGCCGUGCCACCUACAAACACCCCGAAUUCCAGGGACCUUGGCUCGGACCCAAGCCUGCCGAUGAGUGCAAGCGUGACUUCUCCGAAGAACAAUUGCGCGCCGGUCAAGGUAUCAUUGGUCUGCAAGCCGGCUCCAACAAAGGUGCCAACCAAUCUGGCCAAAACAUCGGCGCUAGCCGUAAAAUCUUGCUCGGCAAGUAAACAGUAUUCGAGGUGGAUACAAGGAGGCUGUGGGCACAUUACACCUAAAUUGGCAGCCCUUAAACCAAUAUUUCGGUAAUGGCAACAACAACAACACCAACUGCUACUACCCAUUGGUUAAGCUGAAAUUUUUGUACUAUUCAAUUUGUAUAAUUUAUGAAAUUAUUAUUUUUAUAUUUAUAAAAUUUAUUUUUUAUAUCUAAGUUAAAUUAAAAAUAUUAAACAAAUACACACAAAAACACUCACAUAUCUACAUAUACACAUUUUUAAAAUCACAACAAAACAAGUAAAAACAAAAGAAAAAUGAUAUUAGCCAAAAAUAUUAGAGGUAAAGUGAAGCGUAAAUUGUAUUCUACAACAACAAAAAAUGAUGAAAUAAAGCAAGUCUUAGUACCUUAAGUUUACACUUAAGCUAUUUUAUAUAUGAUAAUAAAUCUUUGAAAAUGUAUCUCAUAACUCACAUUUCUAACGCACGACGUAUUGUUAAUCAGGGGAAACAACAGUAAAAAAAAAUAUUGAAAUUAAAUAAAGUGGAAAACGUUGCGGCCAAUACUGAUCACAACAACAAGCGCCAAAACGAAUUUCGCAAAAAAAAAAUCAAUAA